AUUUUAUCCAGCAGAUGUACUGUAAACGCAUUACAGCAGAUUAGCUGGAUUUCUUCCUUUAAAUGUACACUGCGAGAUCCAACUUGCAAGCCAGCUGUUUCUUAUCGGCCCGUUUAAUCUUUCAGAGCCCAGCUUUGCUUCUUCCUUGAGCAGCUAUUUCUGUAGCGAAUCGGGCGAGGGAGAGCGCCGCUAUGAAUUUUAAUGCAUCCACCGGGGAAUCCCUCCCGCCUCCUCUUUUUGGAUGAGAUCCUCGAGGAAAGACCCAGAACGCAACGAGGAGGAGGACGAAGAGGGAGAGAGGGACGGCAGAGCCUCAGUAUUGAGGAAAGCAGGGCGGGGGAGCCGCCGGGAGAGGGGGGGCGGCAGCCGCGGGAAGUAAUUAGGGAAGGUGGCGAGGACGACACCGAGGCGGGUGGGCAGCGCGGAGCCAUGGGGGAGGAAGGAUGACUUGGGGCGUAUUCCGCUGCCUGUCCCCGGCACGUCAGCAGCAGCCGGAGCGCUGCGGACACAUGCACCCGCAAGCACACCCCGGGGCCGGCCGCGACGGGGACAACGCGGAGGUGAUCCUGCCGCCGCUGGGUCCAGAAGAGAGGCAGGCACGGUGGACCGAACGCUAGACCGUCUCGCCAGCUACACGCCGCGUCCCGAGAGAAGGAGCGCCGCCAGGCCGGGAGCGGGGCGCUGGGCGGCGAGCCCCCGGGUCGUGCGCUAGCCGCUGGCACAGUCGCCGCCGCUCUCACCCGCCGCCCCAUGGAUAAGGCAGGCUCGCUGCACACUUCGGUGCCCACGCCGCCGCCCCGGCUUUACCUGCCGCGCAACUUCAGCUGUAGCGCUUGUCUCUAUGGCAGCCUGGCCGAGCAGUGCAAGGGGGGCUGCAGCCCCGAAGGUGAAGCCGCGCUACCCCAGCCCGUGGUGCGAGAAGCGGCGGGCGAGAAGAAGCCGCCGCCGCCCCGCGGUCGGGAGCCCACGCUGUCCGCUGUGCCCCCCAGCCCCACGCAGCGCCGCCGCGCCAAGUCUCUGCCUACGCCCGGCGACCGCAGCCUGCGUCCGGCGCUGCAGCAGAGCCCCUCUCGCCGCAAGACGGUGCGGUUUGCCGACUCCCUCGGCCUGGAACUCAUCUCCGUGCGCCACUUCUGCGAGGCCGACCUGCCGCAGGUGCCACUACCCGCCCCGCCACCGCCUCGCACCGCCGACCUCUUCAAGACUAGAAAGCCGCCGACGCUGGGUGACCUGGAGCCGGUGCUGUUCGGGCCGCCGUCACCGCUGCUAGAGCCGCUCUUCCCCCCGCAGCCCGGCGCUAGCCCCGGCUUCGCGGAGCGGGUGCGGCAGCACAAGGUGAGGCUGGAGUGGGUGCGGGCCGAGCCGGCAGGGCUGCGCGGCGCCGUGCGCGUCCUCAACCUGGCCUACGAGAAGGCCGUGUCGGUGCGCUACACGCUCAACAGCUGGGCCAGCUGCGCCGAGGUGCCCGCCGCCUACCAGCCGCCUGGGCCGGCGGACGGCUUCACCGACCGCUUCGUCUUCUUCCUGCCUUUGGCCACUGCCGCCGAGGCCACGCUAGAGUUUGCCGUCCGCUACCGCGUCGCCGGCACCGAGUAUUGGGACAACAACGAAGGCGCGAACUACCGGCUGCGGGGCCGGCAGCGCGUCCUGCCCGCUGCCGGACUCCCGCAAGACCCCGACAGCACCGCCUGGAUCCACUUCAUCUGAGGCGGGGACGCGGCGGGGAGCGGUCGCCUGCUGAGGGACUGCGGGCAGGAAUCGGCGCUGAGCAAGUCGCGGAGGGAGCGCGGAGCCGGCAGGCCGGUCCCGCCGCCGCUGAGGGCCAAGGGUUGACUGCCCCUAACCCUCCAGAGGGGCUCGGCACCCCUCCGGCCUCGCCAGCCCCUCCGGGGCUCCGCGGCCCAGCGCAGGCCUCGCUUCCAGCCGCUUCUCUGUAAGUCGCCGGAAGUUUUUUCCUGAAUUGUGUUUACAGACGGACAGUUUAUAGUCUAUAUUGCACUGGCGAUGCCGACCGAAAGCCUCCCAGGCUGCUGGCAGGGAGGCCGGGCGCACGGUGUGCGGCCGGUGCGGUUUUCCGCUUCCAUCUGCUUCCCGCUGCACUGUGGCUACCACCAAAGCAGCUGCCCGGCCAGGCUCAGGAGGGAGAUGGGCCCGGCACGUUUGCGGAAUUCACUGCCUUGGCCCAGGGGCCUCAGGUGCGAACAGAUGCUCCCGGGUGCCAGAGGUCAGGAUCAUCUGUCGUCACCUCCAGGGGUCAGGCUGUGGUGAUAGGGAGGGCACUGUGAUGAGGCACCCGCCCCAGCCAUCCUCUUUGCCAAAGCCUGCUUAAGCGAAGCCUGGCUCCGGCAAGGUGCUGGGUCCCAUCUCAAGAGCCUCGCUGGCCCAGUCGUGUUCAUUGUCCUGUGGGGCUGUCUGACAGGGCAGGGCUACGAGCAAGUUACCUGUUUGAGCCGAAAAAGAGAAGAGUACAGAUGGACCCAGCUGUAGCCCUGUUUCAUCGUGCUCUAAAAACGAUCCAUCAGUCUAAGGCAGAGAGCUUUUGGUUGGUUGGUUGGUUUGGGGUAUUCUGUUUGUUUGUUUGACCUAAAUUAUUUCGUGUGUUUAAGCAUACUUAGAACAGAAAACAUAAGGUCACAUUCUAAUUGAAUUGCAGCCCACUGAGAGACUUUUAACAAGCAAGCAUUUUGUCUAAAAUUCACAUGUGUGUCACUGUAAAGGUUUGUCAGGAUCCAUUGUUUGUUUCGAUAGGACUGGUCCCCUAAAGCUGCUUGUGUUCAGGUCAGGAAGGCCAUGGAGCUGCACCAAAAGGAACUAGAGAUGGUAAGAGCUGAAUCUGUCAUUUUAGUCUGCAUCCUGAGCAACACUUCCAGUUUUACUCCUCCUCACAGUUUAAUUUGAUUUUUUUAUGCUGAGGUAUCAGUGCAGGAUUCUGCUUUCUGAAAAGCAAAAUGCUCUGAAUUUUCCUUAAAACUUUCCUGAGUGGCAGAUUUCAAGUUGUCUUUGAAGUUUUGUGAAGAAAGCCAUGUCUUGCCAUGUAAAUAUGUAUCAAAAUUGCAGAGAAUGCUGACUUCUGCCUUCAAAGGCAUGUUUUAAAUUACAUUAGCAGUAAAUGGAGGCUUUUCCUUUUCAAAGUUGCUUUUUCAGGAGUUUAACUGAGGAUAUGUUAAGCUGGUGCCCAAUCUGGGUCCUAAUUUCCCAGAAUUUAGGCAUGUCUGUUUGCAGGAGGGACCUCUACAAAUAUGACUUCUGAGGGUGACAGAACUGAUGUCAGUGUGGUUAUGAAGAUCUGUAAGAUCAGGCCCUUAAAUUUUGGAUCUUCUCUAGAUUGGUUAGGAAUUGAAUGUGAUUUUUAGCUGCAUUUGCACGUUCCUUGAAAGAGUUAAGUGUCCUGAAGAGCUUGAUUAAUGUCAUAGAACCUUUUGACCUUGGUGGGAAUUGAGAGUACUUUUGUCUCCUGAGAGUUCAGUCAGAAUAAUUAAAUGUGUACAUUCUGACGAGGGGAAAAAAGUAAGAAAGGUCUGGGAAAAGGAGUUUUAGUUUAAUUUCUCUAGUUCCCUGCUUCUGAUCUAAUAGAAAUAAGAGCGAGACUGUACUACCAGUAAGGUGGUUUGUACUUAGCAGCGUCUACUGAGUGCUUCCACUGGUGAAUAUUAAGUGUCUGCAUCACAUAAUGAAGCCAUCCUGUAUUACAAGUACAUAUAAAGCCAGAACUGCAGAACUAGGGUCUUAAAGUGUCCAUGAUUAAAGAAAUUAAGUGGUGUAUGUGAUGAAGAAAGCCCAAGUGACUUUUAGAUAAACUUAUUCUCUUAAGAAGAGCCUUAAUACUGGAGAGAAGGGAAAGGACUUGUCUCCAUUUGAAAGCACUUUGUUAUCUGGUGGAAAUAAAGCCAAACAUCCUUUUAUUUAUUUAACUUUCCAAAGUAUCUUUUGGUUGUGCUUUCCUACCCAAGUAGUGAAUGAAAACCAAUGAAAAUGCAUGGGGGAAAAAAUUGUGUCUGUGCAUUUCAGACUAGCUGAUUCUGCAGGCUUUGCUUAUAAAGGUUUGACAAGCUUUCCUGUUUUAAUGGCUUUAGGAACAUAAAUGGUGCUAAAACCAUUUUUAACAGUGGAUAACUUGAGUUCUAGAUCGUUUUUUGUCGUCGUUACUUGGUUUAUGCAGCAUCUGCAGAUCUCUAGUCAUUUAAAAAUCUUAUAGCAACUGUGGCUUAAACUCUUUCUAAAUUUAGGCUAUCUAAAUGGAUGUAUGUACAUUGAGUACACGCACAAGUUAUUAUAUUAUCCUUUUUGUUGUGACUUAGGUGAGAUUGAAGUUGCUUUUAGCUGCCGUGUUAUAGGCAGGACUGGGCUCUGGCUUUAUAACGCCAUUCAGAUAUUAUCGCUCUUUUAUUUGUGACCCCCUUUGUCAAACACAAGCCUGAGUACUGAACCUUUUGAGGCUGUAGCACAUCAGAAGACUGUUUUGCAAAGCAGAGCCUCCUGAGCUUUCAAGCAGUUGAGCCUGGUCUCAACACUGAGUUUUGUAAGUGCAGUGGGUUUUGUGAGUGUGCGAGGUGUUCUCUGGGCUUCAACUUGAUCACGGACUGUCAGUGAUAGAGGUGUGAGUUCAGGAAGAGGCAUGAUCUUCUAGAAGCAUUUAUAAACACCUACUUUAUAGAGCCUGGAGGGGUAAGGUUGCACCUGGUCAUCUUUGACUAGGAAAUGCUGUUGAUGAGGCUUGAGAUGUUUUAACAGGACUUUACCAGUGGUAUAUGCCAAAGCUGCACUACUCUGAUUGCACAUUUUCGCUCCUAUUGCACCAAUUGAUUUCCAGGCAAAUUUUAUCCACUUUCCAAACCCAUUCUCAACUGCAAUGAUCCUGAGUAUUCUUUGUCAGCAUCCAUAUACGAUUUCCAAUCCUUUAGAUUGCAACCUGAUGCUGUAUGGCUUGCUACAAGCAUCGUAAUCAGUGGAGAUGAAAUAAAAAUCCCAGAUAAUAAUUGUGUGAUAGUUACAUAAAUGAUGACUUUGAGGAGGAAGACCUGUGCUAAAGAGGAUUAUUUUCCAAUUGGUGGCUCAUCGAUUGUUUUAAUGGGAGCAGGUGCAAAAUAACUUUGAAAAAACAUUAUUUCUAAAGAAUAUAGUCCCACAAAAUGAACUUUCACAGGCAAAGGGAAAUGUUUGAAAGUUUUCAAGCCAACCUUUUUCUGGAAUAAAUGUCACCUCUUUGUAUGUUGAUUCCCCCAUGCAAAUGGAGCCCAUGCCCCUUUCUAUUAUGGUUUAGGCAAGGCAAUAAUCCUUAGAUGGUGUAAUUCACUUCUGAGUGAAUUAUUCAUUGCUUCUGUCUGGGCAGAGGUAAGAAUGUUUCUGUCAUUUAGUGUGCAGAGGUGUAUGUAGCUUUGUGCAGUGUGCCAUGUUAUUUUAUGUGCAAUCUAAUGAUCCUUUACACAGCGAGUCAAAUUGUACUGUACGCCUGAUACACGUCAACGUUUGCUGCUCCGCACUUCGACUGGCAGAGUUUUUGCAUGUGGUUUUAUGUCCUUUAUGGCAAUAGUUCUGAAAUCUACCCCAAUUAUUCUAAAUCCUAGAAGGAAUCAGAACUGUCAAGAGACUGUAAAUGGGAUUUCAGCUAGCUAAACUUAUUACUAUUUACUAGCAUAAAGUCCAUAACAGGCUCUCAUAUUCGGUACCUGUACAGAAUUUCAGGUCAAUCAUUUUUGAUCCUCUUUUGGCCAUUUGCAAGUAACUCUUUGAUGUGACUGUGUGUGCCCUGGUAUCUCAGUAACCAACAGAAUAAGUGCACACCCUCUGUUGUUUCAGCAUAUGUGAGGGGAAAGUGUACCACUUGGAUGAACAAAUGUCUGCUCAUGCAUAAGCACUGCCUCUUUACAGACACAUGAAACGUUUUUCCAUAGCGCCAACAGGCAAACAUCUGCUAAUUCUGUAUUUUCAUGUAAAGUAACCUACAGAAACACUUAGAAUCUCCUUUUUCUCUUAUUUUAUUUAUA